UGUAAAGGAAAGGUGAAAUUGUAGACAUUUUGGUUCCCUGACGGUAAAAUACGUCCUUUACUUUUAAAAUAUUGCAAGUUUCCCGUGAAAAGGAGCUAUAUUCGUUUGGCAUUUUAUAUAUGUCGACGCGCCGUGAUGUGGCAUUAGUCGUCGGGAGUAGAUAGCACAAACACUCGGGGUAAUAAUGGCGACUUUAUUUCCUUGUUGUUGUGGCAGUGAUGUGCAGGUUAAACUGGGCUCCUGCAUGUCAUGAACAUCAGUGAGUAUGGACGUGUGGGGCGCAGUCGUCGCAGCAGAUAAUGAGCGGUCAAGCUCCGAGGGCGAGUACGUGGUCGACUCCGGUGCUGGACAUGAAGCCAAGAGGACGGCGGACGGAACGUUUCGCAGGCCCGCGGAGAGGAUGGACGAUGGGGGCUCGGGUGUGGGACCUGGGGAGGGCGAAGUGGUGUUGGGACGGCUUGCAAGUCAGAAGGACGACAAGGAACUUCGCUACUUGCACCUGUUGUGGGAGCCCGGGCGAGCCGAGGCCGGACCCGGUGGUGUGACCAGCAAGCUGGGGAAGAUGACCGGGAGCAGGGCCAGGCGGUGCCACCGAGCCACACGGAAUCCGAUUGGUAAAGAUAUCUACGCUGUGAAGAGACUAAGGGAAGCAGCCAACAGCAAUGACAUUGACACAGUUCGGAAGCUCCUGCAGGAUGACAUCGACCCCUGUGCUGCUGAUGACAAGGGAAGGACAGCCUUACAUUUCUCUUCCUGUAAUGGCAACGAGAGCAUCGUGCAGUUACUGCUGAGCCAUGGCGCUGACCCCAACCAGCGUGACAGUCUGGGUAACACCCCACUCCACUUGGCGGCCUGUACAAACCACGUGCCUGUCAUCACCACAUUGCUGAGAGGAGGGUCCCGCGUGGAUGCCCUCGAUCGAGCGGGUCGGACCCCUCUACACCUCGCACGCUCCAAACUGAACAUUCUGCAGGAGGGAGAUUCCCGGAGCUUAGAAACCUUGAGAGGAGAAGUGACACAGAUUAUACAAAUGCUGAGGGAAUAUCUAAAUUUAAUGGGCCAAAGUGAAGCUAAAGAGAGACUGGAGCAUAUUUCGACCCAGCUGCAACACACACGAACCAAAGAGCAAGUGGAUGAGGUGACCGAUUUACUGGCCAGCUUCACUUCACUCAGCCUACAGAAACAGAAUUUGGGAGACAGGUAGAGGACAAAGAAGUGGUUUCUUUGUUGCUUUUUCAAGCAAACCUCUAUCUUGAAUACUGAUACCACUUCUCACAAUCUGGACUACAAUUCAGAAUACAGUACCAUUUCUUUCAUGUAAUUAACACACAAUUGAGUAAAGUAUAAAAUUGAGAAUUUUAAGUAUGUUCUUUUACAUUGUAAAAUCAGGAAGAAAACACAAGUGUCGUUGCUGAUCUCAAAUGUAUUCCUGUCUGAAAGUUGUCCAACAGGUGCUAAUUAUAUUUUUGUAGUUGGUAGUAGAUUUUGUGGAACAGUCUGAACUAUUGCAAACUUGGCCUUAAUUUACCCAAAACAACAAUGUUUCUAUUCUCUUCUCCAUUUGUCUUGUAUUAGUGGACCAAAGCUUUCCCUAUCCCUUUCUAAAACGCCUCAAUUUGUCCGUCACAUAAAUUCUGUUUUCAGACUAAAUUCUUGACAAAUUAAUUUAGAAGGCGCAUCAUAAAGCUACCUCCAGUUGUGCCAAAAAAGUAACAGUAAUUAUUUAUUCUUUCGGGGCUUCUGACUGUUCAGUAGCAGAAAGUAAAUAUAUAUCAUUUUAAAUUGGUUUGAAUGCAUUGUUCCUGGUUUCAUGCAGUUAAUUUGCCAACAAUCCCAUUGGACUUUAAAUGCAGCAGGCACAACAGACUGGAAGGUGGAGGACAGAUUCAGUCCAAAAGACUUGCCUUUGUUUUAUCGUCAUGGAUAUUGUACUGUAACUAUGUGAGCAGGCAGUUUUAAUGUUUCACUUGUUUUUUCUUUAUCACAGGAAACUUGCAAUGACUCUUUAUUUGUAUUGCAUGUUGUUGUUUAAAGGGGGACUACACUUUUUGGGGGGAAAUUUGGCCCAUCAUUCACAAUCCCUAUGUAGGACAAGGACACAUAUUCUUUUUUUUAUGCAUUCUAAUCGUAAAUAAACUUUAGCCGAAAUCAGCUCACAAUGGGGUUAAUUUGAGCGCCACUAUUCCGCUCACUAAGCCCUUUUAAAAAAAACAUGCAAAAACUGCCAACAAUACUCCAUUUACACUUUGUGACCUAAUCAUUAACAAAGUAUUAGCAAAAUUGCUAUUAUAAGCGCUAACGUUAAGGACCUGUUUUAGCGGCGCAUUGAUCACGGAGCGGUAACUAGCUUAUGCUGCUAUGUUGACAUCAUGAGCUGGAGAGCUGCUCUCUCCCCGCUGAGCCGGUGAAAGUAAAUUCUCGAUUAUAAGUCAUGACUCUCACCUGGACAGUAGAAAGUUGUGGCCAUAAACCGAGUUGCUCAACUUUGACAGCCACCUGAGAACGGGAGAUGGCGAGAAAGACACAACCACCUUUUUUUUUUAAACUUUUCGCCAGCAUUAUGUCAUCUAAACAGGAAUAUAUAAAUAUCUGAGAGCAGACAUUGUACAGUAAGUGUUUGUUGGCUCUCCUGAAGUCUGCAUGAACACAGUAGUAAGUGUUGUUGUUAAGGGAAAAAACAAACUUUCUGAUGCAUCUAUUAUAUUAAUGCGCUGCCAUUUGCUUAAAAUGAUCAAAAUUGGUAAAUAUUACAUGUUAACAUGAAUGUGGCUGUUCCUACAUUACAUAUAGAGUUGCGAUCAAAAGUUUUCAAAGAACAUAAUGUCAUGGCUGUCUUGAGUUUCCAAUAAUUUCUACAACUCUUAUUUUUUUGUGAUAGAGUGAUUGGAGCACAUACUUGUUGGUCACAAAAAACAUUCAUGAAAUUUGGUUCUUUUAUGAAUUUAUUAUGGGUCUACUGAAAAUGUGACCAAAUCUGCUGGGGUCAAAAGUAUACAUACAGCAAUGUUAAUAUUUGAUUACAUGUCCCUUGGCAAGUUUCACUGCAAUAAGGCGCUUUUGGUAGCCAUCCACAAGCUUCUGGCAAACUUCUGGUUGAAUUUUUGACCACUUCUCUUGACAAAAUUGGUGCAGUUCAGCUAAAUUUGUUGGUUUUCUGACAUAGACUUGUUUUUUCAGCUUUGUCCACAUGUUUAAGUCAGGACUUUGGGAAGGCCAUUCUAAAACCUUAAUUCUAGCCUGAUUUAGCCAUUCCUUUACCACAUUUGACGUGUGUUUGGGGUCAUUGUCCUGUUGGAACACCCAACUGCGCCCAAGACCCAACCUCCGGGGUGAUGAUUUUAGGUUGUUCUGAAGAAUUUGGAGGUAAGAAUUUGCUGUAUGUAUACUUUUGACCCAGCGGAUUUGGUCACAUUUUCAGUAGACCCAUAAUAAAUUGAUAAAAGAACCAAACUUCAUGAAUGUUUUUUGUGACCAACAAGUAUGUGCUCCAAUCACUCUAUCACAAAAAAAAUUAAGAGUUGUAGAAAUUAUUGGACACUCAAGACAGUCAUGACAUUAUGUUCUUUACAAGUGUAUGUAAACUUUUGAUCGCGACUGUAUACUUGCAUAUAUGUACUGUAUACUUGUAUAUAAAAAGUUGAUAGAGGUGUUUGGAUGUUUUUUAGAGUGCCGUAUAGCAGUGGUCCCCCAAAUUUGUCCCACAGGUUUUUUUUUUGUCAUAAAAAAAUACAAUCAUGUGUGCUUACGGACUGUAUCCCUGCAGACUGUAUUGAUCUAUAUUGAUAUAUAGUGUAGGAACCAGAAAUAUUAAUAACAGAAAGAAACAACCCUUUUGUGCGAAUGAGUGUAUGGGGGAGGGAGGUUUUUUGGGUUGGUGCACUAAUUGUAAGUGUAUCUUGUGUUUUUUAUGUUGAUUUAAUAAAAAAAAAAAAUUAAUUUUAAUUUUUUUAUUUUUUAAAUUCUUGUGCGGCCCGGUACCAACUGAUCCACGGACCGGUACCGGGCCGCGGCCCGUUGGUUGGGGACCACUGCUGUAUAGGACUCCAAUUUUAGCUGACUUUUUCUAACGUUUAUUUACUGUUCAAAAUGCAUAAAAAAAGAAAAAACGUGUGUUCUUGUCUUACAUAGGGAUUGUGAAUGAUCUGCAAAAUUCCAAAAAAAGAGCGCAGUUCCCCCUUUACCAGUGUAAUAUAUGGUCAAAAUAUCUAACUCAAUAAAUGCCUAUGAAUAACU